AUGGCUUCCUCCGGUUCAGGGGGCGCGCAGUACAGGAGAGUCGGGCCCUCUGGAGGGAGAGGAAGGGGAACAUUUAAUAGGGGCUCCUGGAAUAGGGGAGGGAGAGGGGCCGCUCAGGCGGGUCAGGGGAAAGCAGAGCCUGGUGUGUCUGUACAGAGGAAGAGCGGACAUGGUGUCCAGAGACCGAGGACGGACAAGAGGAGGUGGAAGAGCGUUCAGCAGGUCUUAGCUGGCAGUGCCAAGGAGGGGCAAGGCUUUGCUUUAUGGAGAAAACAAAAAGUUCAGUUAGAAUAUAAAAAGCUGCAAAGAAAGCAAAAAAAGACCACAACUCCAAAAGAUUUGUAUGCGGACAAUUACCCUGAACAUUUAAAACAUCUCUACCUGGCUGAAGAAGAAAGACUGCAAAAUCUAGAAAGAAAGAGGAAGCCUGAGGAGGACACCACUCAGACAACUGAGGAACAAAGAAAAAGAAGAAAAAGAAGAAGAAGAAGUAGUAGUGCCAAAAAAGAAAUUUAAGAAGAAAACAUCGAAUCAGAAAGCAAAAGAAGAAUAUGAACAAGUUCAACGUGAACGAGCAAAAAAAAGAAAAGUAGCAGAGGAAAACCAGAGAAAAAGAGAGGAAGCAAAAGAACUCUACAAGAAAAAGAAGAUGGAAGCUUAUAAGGUUUUGAGCACAAAAACAAAGAAAGGACAGCCCAACUUUAAUGUACAAAUGGAGUAUCUACUUCAAAAGAUACAAAGUAAAACAUAG